AUGAAUAAAUUUUGUGAUUAUAAGUCUUGUUAAUUCAAUAUUAAGCAACCUACUAUAGAACAAAGAUCAAUGUUAGCAAAAGUUAUGUGUCCUCUUUGUUUAGCAUCCAAUUACUGUAGCAUUAGAUGCAGAGAUCUUGAUUGGUACAUUAAGAUAAUAAUUCUCAAGGCCCAUUUAUCAUAAAGGAGUAUGUAAGAAAAACUAAUCUGAGAGGGCCAAAUCAUGCAAUGAUACAAUGGAUUCCUCUUCAGCUGUUAGUAUCAGAAGAAAACCUGAAGAAUUCGAAAUUAUAAUAAUUGGCUCAAAAUAGGAGUUGGGAAGAGGGUCAUAUGGAUCAGUAAAACUAGUCAAAGACAAAUAGAAUGGAUAAUUAUACGCUAUGAAAAUAGUAAUAGUUUUGUUUGAUUAUUCCUAGAUGAACAAGAGACAAGUAUUUGAGUAUUGUUCAGUGGAAAAUCUAAAAAGGGAAAUCAAAAUACAACGCAAACUAUUUCAUUCGAACAUUUGCAAACUUUAUCAUUAUUUUGAAGAUAAAGAAAAUGUGUAUUUGGUUCUCGAAUAUGCUGGUAUUUAUCACAUUUGGAUUAGAAAAUGGAUCUCUGUUUCAUUACAUAAAAAAGAGAACCAAAUUACCAGAAGAUGAGGCAUUUGUCUACUUCUUUUAGACUUGUCUUGGAAUUGACUACCUUCAUAAAAAUAAAGUAAUACAUAGAGAUCUAAAAGUACAAUUUCAAUUUACUAUGAAUAGCCAGAGAAUCUUCUUUUGGAUAAUGAAGGAAAUGUGAAAAUAUGUGAUUUUGGUUGGAGUGCUGAGAGUUUAACAGAAAAAAGAAUGACAUUCUGCGGAACCUAUGAAUAUAUGGUAGAUAACAAUUUAUAUUAUUAGGCUCCUGAAAUGUUGAAUAAACAACCACAUGAUUUCAGUCUAGAUGUUUGGAGUUUGGGUAUCUUGUUAUACGAACUCUUGCAUGGUAAUGCUCCUUUUAGAGGCAGGAACAAUGAAGAAUUAUGCAACAAAAUAAAAUCAGGUUAGCCUAUUAAUUUUGCGCCUACUUUAUCUCAUGAAGUUAUUACUCUAAUCAAAGGAAUCCUGAAGUACAUUCCAUCUGAAAGAUUGACUAUGGAUUAAAUCUUUGACCAUCCCUGGAUGGUAAAACAUGCUGCUGCUUUAAAAAUUGACAUCUGGACCUAUGUUUACAAACCUCAAUACCCAACCAGAUAGAUUCCUUUAAUCAACUUUAAGUCUACAUCAAAACCCAUGGACAUACAAAAGAAAGAGCUACAAGUUAGACCCAUGUCAUAAGAUUAUACUAAAUUCAAAACUUAGGAAUAAUAAUCCAAUUAUAAGAAUUAUUCUUAGAAUGAUUAAAUACGAUAAGACGAUUUAAAUAAGCAUAGGAUAACCAGAGUUUCUAAUAGAAAUGAGCUCUUGCUCCAUUAACAUCAAUUAUAGCAACAAUAAUAGGAAUAGAAAUUGGGUUUUAUGGAUAAGGUCUUCUUGGCAUUCGGAUGUUUAAACAGAGAUAAAAAGUGA